ACUAUUGUGAACUUUUUGUAUUGAAAAAUAAAAAAAAAAUUCCUGGAAAACCUAGUAUUGUAAUUUCCUAACCAGGAAUUCCAGUAUAUCCCGCACUUAGGGCUUAUUAAAGAAAGAAAAAGAAGCAGAAACAGGAUCUUCUAUUCUUUUUGCCUGUGCAUUUGUUAAAAGGAUUCCAAAAAAAAAAGAAAAAAAGAUGAAGCUGAAGCAACUGGAAUGUCUGUUAGGUCAUCUUCAACAAUUCUCAAACCCAAAGGUGGAGCUGGAACAGUACCCAACUGGACCUCAUAUUGCUUCUCGCUUGCUGUACACCGCUGAGAAUUCAUUUGAUGAUAUUAGCAACAAGGUUGUGGCAGAUUUUGGUUGUGGGUGUGGCACUUUAGGUGCUGCUGCUGCUCUCUUGGGUGCUGAGCAGGUUAUUGGCAUUGAUAUCGAUUCUCAAUCACUUGGAAUAGCGUCAAUGAACGCUGAGAAUCUUGAGUUGGACAUAGAUUUUGUUCAGUGUGACAUCAGUAAUCUAGGAUGGAGAGGUCAAAUUGUUGAUACUGUUGUGAUGAAUCCACCAUUUGGAACUCGAAAGAAGGGUGCUGACAUCGAUUUUCUAUUUGUAGCAUUGAAGGUAGCUUCUGAAGCAGUUUAUUCCUUGCAUAAGACCUCAACAAGAGAUCUCCGUUUUGAUGUUCCUCAACUAUACAAGUUUCACAAGAAAAAGGAGGUGGAUAUAGCUGUGGACCUAUGGCGAUUUGUACCCAAAAGGAGUCGGGGAGAGAACAGCUAACUGCCUAAGUGCAAUUUGAGACCAUGUUUGAAGUAUACACAAAUAUAAUCAUCCUUUUCUAACUGCAGUUAAUGUUGGAGUACGAUGUCCGCUUGAUUAGGUGAAACAGAUUCUGGAAUGUGACUUCAUGUAAUAGUUGAUGAGAAUGUACUAUGGCACUUAUUUA